GGUUGUUGACGGUCGUCGCCGCUCUCUGCCAUGAAUUCACGGCUUUAUCCAGCAGCUGGUGCAAUGUCAUCUCUUCGCUAGCUGGCAGCAAACUAGCAGGAGAAAGCCUUGGCCAAGCCGCAGACUGCUCAGCUUCACUAAUGCCUAGCCGAGCCUCGACAAUAUCGGUGACGGAAGAAGCCCCGCAGUGCUGGUUAUGGAGGAGAUUUGAGACAAUAAGGAGGAAUUGUUUUCGUCUCGACAGGAGGAGAGACCACUGACUGGGGAGUUUAUGUGCUGAAACCCGCCUCGCUUUCUGACGCUCCUCGAAGGCUGACUGGACCGUCAACUAAGCAAAAUGGCAAUCGCUCGACAAUUUGGACUAUUGGUGUGGAAAAACUAUCUUCAGCAGAAGCGUCAGAUCUUUGUGACGCUGGUGGAGAUCCUCCUGCCUUUGCUCUUCUCCUGCAUCCUCAUCGUGCUGCGUCAGAAAGUGUCCUUUCAGAAGUACCCAAAUGCCACCAUAUACGAGAGCUACUCUGUUGACUUCCUACCCUUGCAGCUGUUGCCGUUGCAGCUGGCCUACGUGCCCAGUAACUCCAGUGUGGUGCGUCAGGUGGCGGGGGACGUUUGCGCCAGCUUGAAACUCUCAGCAUCACAUGGCUUUGAGACGGAGGAGCAGUUUGAGGAAUACGUAAGAAAGAACCCCCUGUCUGAAAUUCUGCUGGCUGCUGUGGUGUUUGAGCAUCCGUUCAGUCACGACGACGAACCUCUGCCCCUGCAGGUGGGCUACCACUUGCGCUUCUCCUUCACCCCACGCAACGCUCCGGCCAAAGAGAAGUCGGAGCUGAACCCCAACAGUGACCUGGACUGGCACACGCUCAGCCUAUUUCCCCUUUUUCAGCUGCCAGGGCCACGAGAGCAGUACGACAAGGAGGGCGGCACACCUGGAUACUUCAGGGAGGGCUUUCUGGCGGUGCAGCAUGCAGUGGACCGGGCCAUCAUGCGCUCCUACAACAGAACUGCGGCGACGUCUCUGCUGCGACAGAUCCGAGUGGUCCUGUCUCGGUUUCCGUACCCGGCUUUCAUAUAUGACGUCUUCAUCCUGGCUAUUCAGAACCAACUGCCCCUGCUGCUGGUGCUCAGCUUCACCUACACUUCCCUCAACAUCGUACGAGCGGUGGUGCAGGAGAAGGAAAGGAAGCUGAAGGAGUACAUGAGGAUGAUGGGUCUCAGCAACUGGCUUCACUGGAGUGCCUGGUUCCUCAUGUUUUUCCUGUUCCUCUCCAUUUCAGUGUUUUUCGUUACUCUGCUGCUCUGCAUCCAUGUGAGCCCCAAUGGGGCAGUGCUGACCUACAGUGACCCCACCCUGGUUUUUGUCUUCCUGCUCGUGUUCACUGUGGCCACCAUCAAUUUCAGCUUCAUGAUCAGUGCCUUCUUCUCGCGAGCCAAUGUGGCUGCAGCGGUCGGUGGAUUCACCUAUUUCCUGAGCUACCUGCCUUAUUUGUUCCUGUGGCCCCGCUACGACUUGCUGAGCCAUGCCCAGAAGGUUUCAGCCUGUCUGAUCUCCAACGUGGCCAUGGCCAUGGGUGCUCAGCUCAUAGGGAUGUUCGAGGGCAAAGGUACGGGCAUCCAGUGGCAUAACUUGUUUGAAUCCGUGACGGUGGAUGAUGACUUCACCCUGGCCCAGGUUCUGGGUUUGCUGCUGUUUGACGCUGUGCUUUAUGGGCUGGUGGCCUGGUACAUGGAGGCAGUUUUUCCCGGGGAGUAUGGAGUGCCUUUACCGUCUUACUUCUUUGUACUGCCUUCCUACUGGUGUGGCAGCCCUCGCGUCGCCUUGGUGAAUGAGAAGGAGGAAGAGGAGGAUGCAGAAAAGGCACUGAAAGGGGAGUUCAUCGAGGAGGAGCCAGCCGGACUUGUCUCCGGGAUCAAGAUCAAACACCUCUCUAAGAAUUUCAAAGUCAGUAACAAGACCCGUCAGGCGGUGCGGGAUCUAACCCUGAACAUGUUCGAAGGACAAAUAACGGUGUUGCUAGGACACAAUGGCGCCGGGAAGACCACAACCCUGUCCAUGUUAACAGGUCUGUUUCCGCCCACCAGCGGCAGAGCCUAUAUCAAUGGUUACGACAUCUGUCAGGACAUGGCUCUAAUCCGCCGCAGUCUGGGACUCUGUCCACAGCACGAUGUCCUGUUCGAUAACCUGACAGUCAGAGAGCACCUGCUGUUCUACGCGCAGUUGAAAGGCUUCCCCAAAGACAGGAUUCCAGAUGAGGUGGACCGCAUCAUCGGCAUCCUGAAUCUUGAGAACAAGCGUCACGCCCGCUCCAAAACGCUGUCUGGUGGCAUGAAGAGGAAACUCUCUAUCGGCAUUGCCCUCAUUGGCGACUCCAAGGUGGUGAUGCUGGACGAGCCCACGUCGGGAAUGGAUCCGUCAGCUCGACGCGCCACCUGGGAUCUUCUGCAGGGGGAGAAGCGUGGGCGCACCAUCCUCCUCACCACACACUUCAUGGACGAGGCCGACCUGCUCGGGGACCGCAUCGCCAUCAUGGCGGGAGGAGAGCUGCAGUGCUGUGGGUCACCACUCUUUCUCAAGAACAAAUAUGGUGCUGGCUACCACAUGGUGAUAGUAAAGGACGCCCUGUGCAACGUGUCCGAGAUCUCUCGCCUCGUCCACAUGUAUGUACCUAAUGCCACGCUGGAGAGCAGCGCCGGAGCCGAGCUUUCCUACAUCUUGCCCAAAGAAAGCACCAGCAGGUUUGAGCUUCUGUUUGCGGAGCUGGAGAUGAACAGAGAUGAACUGGGCAUUGCCAGCUAUGGAGCAUCUGUGACCACAAUGGAGGAGGUUUUCCUCAGAGUGGGAAAACUGGUGGAUUCUAGUUUGGACAUUCAGGCUAUCCAGCUUCCGGCUCUGCAGUACCAACAUGAGAGGCGUUCACAUGACUGGACCACAGACGAUGCCAGCAGCAUCAGUGGCAUGACCGAUGUCACCGACUUCACAGACAGCGGGACACUCAUUUCAGAGGACUGCUCCAACAUCAAGCUGAACACAGGGGUCAGACUGCACCUGCAGCAGUUCUACGCCAUGUUCCUUAAACGGGCCCUCUACAGCUGGAGAAACUGGAAGGUUAUGGUGGCUCAGUUCCUGGUUCCUCUGGUCUUCACUAUCGUGGCCUUAGUUGUGGCACGGACCUUUCCCAGCGACCAGGAUGCUCCUGAGCUGAAACUGGAUCUCGGUCGUUACGGCCCCACCAGGGUCCCUGUGGCUGUGCCGCGCGGGGCUGGAUCCCUGGCCUCCGCCUUGGCAAACACAUACAGCUCCCAGCUCUCUGCUCAGUUGGGCCAGCUCAUCAACAUCACCGACUUUACUGAUUACGUCCUGACCCAGGCAGGGGAGGAGGGCGGCAGCUUUAAUGAGCGCUGUGUCGUGGGUGCUGCUUUCCGCGGAAGCAGCCAGUAUGCCGAAGCAACAGCCUACUUCAACAAUCAGGGCUAUCAUACGACCGCCACAGCCCUUAUGAUGGUGGACAACGCUCUGUUCAAACUUCUGGCCGGCCCGAAUGCCUCCAUCCAGACGGGAAACUACCCCAUGCCACGCAACCUCUCCGAGAUCGCCCAGAGCCAGAUGACUGAGAGCAAGACGGCCUUCGCCAUCGCCAUCAACCUGGUGUACGGCAUGGCCUCGCUGUCCAGCACGUUCGCCCUGCUGCUCGUCACCGAGUCUGCCAUCAAGUCCAAGCACGUCCAGAAGGUCAGCGGCGUCUACCUGACCAACUUCUGGUUCUCAGCGCUGGUGUGGGACCUGGUCAACUUCCUGUUGCCUUGUCUCCUCAUGCUGGUGGUAUUCAAGGCAUUUGGAGUCAAGGCCUUCGUAGAGCAUAACCAUCUGGUAGACGUCCUGUUGUUGCUGCUGCUCUAUGGCUGGGCCGUUGUGCCCCUCAUGUACCUGCUCAGCUUCUUCUUCUCCACUGCCGCCACCGCCUACGCGCGCCUCACCAUCUUCAACAUGAUCUCUGGCACGGCCACCUUUCUGGCUGUCACCAUCAUGACCAUCCCAGAGCUUAACCUCAAAAACCUGUCCCACUUACUGGAUAAGGUUUUCUUGAUCUUCCCAAAUUACUGCCUCGGCAUGUCGUUCUGUCAGUUCUACCAGAACUAUGAGUUCAUCUCCUUCUGCACCUCGAGUGCUAUGAGUGAAUAUAUCUGCAACUGUUUAAACAUCACAUACCAGGUGAACUACUUCUCCAUGUCGGAGCCCGGUGUUGGACGCUUUCUCGUGGCCUUUUCAGUUCAGGGAGUCGUCUUCAUUCUGCUGCUGUUUGCCAUUGAGCUGCAGUGUCUCCGCACUCUCUGGCGCCUCCUCACCUCCCUGGGCAGAAGACGCAAACGGUUGCCUUUAAUAGAGGAUCCAGGAUUAUGUCCAGAGGACAGAGAUGUGGCUGAAGAGCGGAAGAAGGUCUUGGAGUGCCAGCCUGUGUUAGAGUCCAUGGUUGGGAGCCCGCUCGUGCUCCAGGAGCUCAGCAAGGUGUACAGCAGCGGGCAAAGACUGCUGGCCGUCGACAGGCUGUCUCUCGCGGUAGGAAAAGGGGAGUGCUUUGGGCUUCUGGGCUUUAAUGGAGCCGGGAAGACCACAACCUUUAAGAUGCUGACAGGCGACGAGAGCGUGACCUCCGGGGACGCCUAUAUCGAUGGAUACAGCGUGCUGAGGGACAUUAAGAAGGUGCAGCAGCGCAUUGGCUACUGUCCUCAGUUCGAUGCCACGUUGGACCACAUGACAGGAAGAGAAACCCUGAGUAUGUACGCCAGGCUUAGGGGAAUACCCGAGAGGUAUGUGUCUGGCUGUGUGGAGAACGUCCUCAGGUCGCUGCUGCUGGAGCCACAUGCUGAUAAGUUGGUCCGCAGCUACAGUGGUGGUAACAAGCGGAAGCUGAGCGCGGGUAUGGCUCUGAUUGGUGGGCCACCGGUCAUCUUCCUCGAUGAGCCUUCCACUGGGAUGGACCCUGUGGCCAGGCGCCUCCUGUGGGAUGCUGUCACACGCACACGAGAGUCUGGCAAAGCUAUAAUCAUCACAUCUCAUAGCAUGGAGGAGUGCGAAGCCCUGUGUACCAGGCUGGCAGUGAUGGUCAAUGGUCAGUUCAAGUGCCUCGGGAGCCCCCAACACCUGAAGAGCAAAUUUGGUAGUGGCUACACGCUCCUGGCUAAAGUGCACAUAGCAACUGAGGUGGAGGACAGUGACUUGCAGCUGUUUAAAGACUUUAUUGAAAGCACCUUUCCAGGAAGUCAGCUAAAGGACGAACACCAGGGAAUGGUGCACUAUCAUCUGACUGACAAGACCCUAACCUGGGCUCAGGUGUUUGGCACCUUGGAGGCAGCCAAAGAGAAGUAUCGCAUUGAAGACUACUGUGUGAGCCAGAUAUCACUGGAACAAGUAUUCCUCAGCUUUGCCCAGUUCCAGCACUGCACAGAGGCGGAGAGGAAGUAGGUGGAGCGGGGACUCCAUCCAUCCGUUGUCCAUUUGUUUAACAUUGUGCGUAGGACUUGUGAAUAUGGUACUGUCUCCAUUCUACAUCAGGCGUGUACACAGGCUGGAGCAGAGCAGAGCAUGGUUAAUCUUUAGCGCUAUUUUAAUAUUAAACAACAAUACACAAAUACACAAACAUGCUCCAAGACACAGACUGGGCCGGUCCUCAAACAUUAACUACAGCAUUUCUACUAAUGUUUCAUGUCGGUGUGUUUGUGAUGUUCAUGCUGUUGACUGUGUGAUGCAUAAGUAGGAACGUGGGCUCACACCAAGUAAUGAACUCAGAGCACUGCGUCUUUUUUAUUGAGUGCUAAGACGAACGGCAGGAACAUUUUAACAGCUUUGUUCUAAAACUCUUUUCUAUUCUUCCAUUUGUUUUGAGUCAGAUUAACCAGACUUUCUUAACUGCACAUAUCAACUUCACAAUUAGCCCCAAACCAACAAACUAAAACAUAACUAACGUAGCCGUCCCUGGAUUUGGUAGAGGAGCGAAAACCUGUUGGAAAGUGGUAUUUCAGUCAAUGCACAAGGAAGAAGAGCAUCACAGUGUGCCUCACUAUAUAUAUUUAUGGUCAUUUGGUAUCAUAUUAAACAUGGCACAGCGCUCUUACAUGUCACUACACUGAAUUGUGUGAAACUGGGUUUAUUUAUAUGUGUGCUUACGUCUGAGCAGCUUUCCUUUUUGUUAUAUAGGACUUCUUGGGUGAUCGUCAGUCCUCACGAAAUCGAACCACAUAAUUUGAUACAUUUAUGAAAUCAUUGCACACCUUUGCGCCUUAUCUGAUCAUUGUGGGUUCUUGUUUCUUUUUAUUGGCCUUUGGAGAGCGUCUGCUUGUCCUUAGGAGCCUCUUAAUGUUGUUACGUAAAAAAUGGAACACGUAAAGUACUCAAACUGGAGGCAAGAGUUUACUGGUGUAAAGCCUGGUUUGAGCUCGUUAAUGAAUGAAUGCAUGCGUAGAACGUGACUUGCAGACUGCAUGAUUGUGGGAAAGGCAACACUAGAGCUACCUUAUCGAGGGUUAGUACUUAAAAAGCGUCCGUCCAGACCUCCGCUACCACACAGCUAGUCGUUGACAAAUCAUGGCAAGAAAUCUAGACUCCAAUGGCCUUUCAGAUGUUUUUUUUUCUGCUGCUAUGCAUUUUGUGUGUGUGUGUGUGUGUGUGUGUGUGUGUGUGUGUGUGUGUGUGUGUGUGUGUGUGUGUGUGUGUGUGUGUGUGUGUGUGUGUGUGUGUGUGUGUGUGUGUGUGUGUGUGUGUGUGUGUGUGUGUGGCUUCUGAAUUAAUUUACAAUAUAUGAAAGUGUGUUACAGGAGCGAAGCGUAACAGUCAAGCAGAGAUUGCUUUUGUACAGUGGACAAACCUUACUGUAGGAAUGUUGGGAAAUGCAUCAAGACCCAAGAAUGCUAUGGCUAGUGAAAUUAUUAUUUUACUACAAAGAUGGUCCAAAUACUAUAUAUGUACGUCUAUGACUUCACACAUGUGAUAUGAAUGUAUUGUUAAACACAAAAGCAGAAGAACACUUGUUUUAAUCAACUUAGUUUUUUUACAUCUUCGUCUGAUUUUUUUUUUUUUACAGUUUGUCAUUCCAGGACAUGCAUAUAUAAAAAUGCUUAUUGAUUUUUAGUGGAUUUAAUCUCACUGUUGUUACAUUUGCACACCAUCUCCUUACAUGUAUGACUUGAAUCAAUGAUGAUUUGGGGUAAAGAGUCUAAGCAAAAAAAGACACGUUUGUGCUACGGACUAAAGAAAGACUGACUUAGCAGAACUAGACUGUAUCAUAUUAUAAAAGGGAGCUGUCAUCAAAGUAACUGUAAUGUACUGUACCAUGGAACUGACUGUCAACUGUAUAUGUAUCACUUUUUUAAUAAAUGAGGCUCUACGCAAAUGGAGCAAACAUUCA